CGACGAUCGAGGGUAUUUGGUUUCAUUCUCACAGGGUAUCUAAUGUUAAAGGUUAUAUUAAUUUGACCUCCCCACCUUUGCACGACACGUGUGGUUGUUCAUUCAGCAUUUCUCCAAUUCCACCGAAGAUGCCCGCCAAGCAAGCUACCGCCAAGCCCGUCGUCGUCGCCAAGGAAGCUGAACUUCCUCGCUCUCUCCUCAUCUCCGACAAGGGCGAGUUGACCCCUGCGUUUGUCCAUGCGCUGAAGCGCAUCUUCCAAAAGUUCUCUGAAGGCACGAACGCCCUCACUUCCGAACAAUUGAACACCUUCUCCAAGGCGUGCAACGACGGCAAGGGAUUUACCGCCAAAGAAUUGAACGAAAUCCACAUGUACUUCGAUUGCGACGAAAACAAGGGCUUGACCCAGCGCGGCUUCUGCGACAUGUACCAUACUCAAACCAGCGCUGAACCCAGCGAGACGUGGAAGGAUUUGGGCAAACUUGGCUUUUUGAACCACUUGAUCGGCAAGGGCGGCUGCUUCGCUUGCGGCGCGGAAGCCAAGACCUCAUGCGCCCGAUGCCUCUGCGUGCGUUACUGCUCGAAGGAAUGCCAAACGGAAGACUGGAAGUCUGGCCACAAGCGGGCAUGCAAGCCCAAGGCCGCCGCCAUCGUCAAGGCCACGGAAUAAUCGACAUCACAUCGACACGUCCGGUGUUGCCGACAACACUUAUAUAGUUGAAAUAGUUUCCCAAAAUGCAAAGCCCAUCGCGGUCAUCACUUGCAUUCCUCUUGGACGUGUCUACUACGCACGUUAAACUGCAGUC